AUGAUGUUGAAGCUUGUCGUCGGUGCCCUUGGCCUCGUCGCCAGUGUAGCUGCAACUCCAUUGGAGCUUGCCGAGCGCAGCUCCUGUAGAGAUGACAGUCUAUACAAAUGCUUUGCUGACUACGAAUAUUCUCAUUCGGCGUCUGUAUACUGCUCUGCCCUUGCGGCAUGCACCAAAACAAUCACGGUAGCGAAGCCCACGGUGACAAAGACUGUGUGGCAGACACAUACCGCGCCGACAUCGACUUGCCACGUCCAAUCUACAAAGACUGUCUACACAAGAACAGUCCCGUCGUCCACGGUAGUCAGGACAGAAACACGGGUAGUGACGAAGACAUCGACGGCUACCAAGACGGUCACAGCCAGCAGUCAAGUAACUGAGGUAUUCAAGAGAGCUGCUGGAGGAGGAAAACCGCAGCCACCGAAAUGUAUGCUCAACAAGUGCUUCGCAUACACUCCUGAUCGCAUCACUGCCGCCUGCAGAUGCAUCAACGUCCCACCCAAGACGAUUACAGCGACGCAUACGGCCUGCAGCAGCACCAGGACAGUGACAUCUACUUCGACGACAACGCCGAAAGUUACAGCAACAUCAUGGCACACGGUUGCUACAGCAUUGACUACUGGCGUCACAACUAAAUGCACGACGACGACUGUCGCUACAACUGUUACCACAACCACUACCACGACUACUACAAUUCCUGUAACACAACCAUAUACGACUCCAGCAACCACUCCUCCUACAACUCCUCCUACAACUCCUCCUACAACUCCUCCUACAACUCCUCCUACAACUCCUCCUACAACUCCUCCUACAACUCCUCCUACAACUCCUCCUACAACUCCUCCUACAACUCCCCCAACCACUCCCCCAACCACUCCUCCUACAACUCCCACUACCACCCCCGCCACGACUCCUGCUACCACUGCGGCUGCCACUACUUCACCUAUAGCGCAGAAUCUCAUUCCUGACGGCGACUUCUCAUCUGGCUUGGGCCCCUGGGCCCAAAUCAACAGCAACCCAGCGGCAUGGGAGAACCCGACUGUCGCCACGAUUGGCGGCAUCACCCCUGACGGCACGAUGUCACCCCAUUUCGAAGUCACCAACCUGUUACCUUCAGGGUUAUUCUUCCUCGCCAGCCCGACUUUUGCACUACAAAGUAGCUCUUCUUACACAUUUACAUUCUACGUUACAAAUACCAUCUUUACUGCCCCUUGGCCCAGCGCUUUGACGGUUCAAAUCAACUGCGGCUCCUACACUUUGGCAACGGCAGACAUGACCAAGGCAACACCGGGCGCGCAGAACCAUUAUCUACUCAGCUCCACCACUUUCAAUACCCUCGCUACCACAGAACCACAGGUCUUGCGGCAACUGGGCAACUGUCAAGCACAAUUUGCCUUUCAUAGUGCUACGCCGCAGAUAAAUAUCUGGGCGCUGGCUGAUGUUAGUGUUUCCUACGCUGGUCCCAUGGCGCCUCCGCCGCCUGUGACUGCCUCCGCCCCGUAA